AUGACUGGUGAAAAGAGCACCACCGCCGCAGCCGCGGCACAAACGACUAUCGACAAUCCACAAACGUCAGCGACUUCGGUAAAACAUGACAGGGUACCCUCAACACCGAUAUCUGAGGAUACCGUGUACCUCGAUAAGAAAGAAGCUGAUCGCCUGGGUCGGCAGAGACUCGCGGUCUUCUCAAGCACACCGAUCUAA